AUGGACACGACUGAGCCACGGCGCGGGGUGUCAGAGGAAGAUGACCAUGAUCAUGCCCCAAGCCCCGCGUCCCCGGAACCCCAGCAGGAACUCCCCGAUGACCUGCCCAAAUCACUGGAUGAUCGCCGGACGGUCCCAGUAUACCAGGAGACUGAGAUGUACGAUGCAUGGCAGGGGCAAUCGCAAUUCUUGACGACUCCGGUGGCUGCGAGACCUCUUAGCUUUAGUCUCGCUCUCGACGACCAUAUGCAUGAUUCCGAGACCGAUAUGCGCGCACGAGACAUGGAGGAUAGUGAUGCCCGGCUGAUUGAGAUGCUUGCGGCGCAAGCCACUCACCGGGAGGUUGACUCGCUGGGCGCGAAUGAGGAGAGGAUUGCUGCAGAUGAGAAUCUGACCGUGGCGGAGAAGAGGGAUAUGUUGCAGAAGAGUCUCAACAUGGCUGCUAGCAAUGGUGAUGUGGAGCGCGUGCGCAAAUUGAUCAGUGGGCCGGCGAAGAACUAUAUUGAUGUGAAUAAGCCUGAUGAAGAAGGGACGGCGCCGCUUAUCUAUGCUAGCUGUUUUGGCCAUCAAGAAGUCGUUUCAGCUCUCCUCGACGCCGGAGCCUUUGUCGAUCAGCAGGACCGCAAUCAAUGGAGCGCAUUGAUGUGGGCCAUGACCAACCGCCACAAAACCAUCGCAAAGAUUCUACUCGACCAUGGGGCUUCACCGGAUAUCAAAUCAUCUUCUGGAGGUACCGCUUUUGACUUUGCGCAACCAGGCAGUGAGAUCUCAGAGUACUUGCACGAGAAUGGCUAUCAUUUCGGCGCUGCGGGGGUGGUGGAUGACUUUUAUGACGCCGGGCUGGCCCAUGGGCGUUUUGAGGAAGAGCUCGCUGAGAAUGAGAUGAAACGCCGAAUGAUGAUGGAAGAAAGCGCCAUCAAUUUAGAAGUGGAUUUGUCCAGUCUGGGCUUGGACGAAAAGCUCGAGCCCUCCGAUGAUGAAGAUCUAGACGAUGAGCAGCAGGAGUUUGUCUGGGAUCGGUGCCUGAACGAUCAGAUGUUUGUCUUUCAAGACCAUGAGCUCGAGCGCAUUCUCGACAUGAUCAUUUCCAAUAUGACUCCGCAAAGAUCUCCGUCUCAGAAACCUGUUCCGGCCAACUUGCUUUUCCUCAUGGCCCGCUAUGCACAUUAUCACGCCAGCCCGGAGCUCCUUACAAUACUGCUACAUUCAGCGACUGAUAAGAUCAAUGAUGUCGUGGAACGAUAUCAGUGGGACAUGACGAUGCAGGCAUUCUGGAUGUCAAACGCGACGUUGCUACUCCACUAUUUGAAGAAGGAUGCUGGUCUCGUGCAGGCGACGAUACAAUUUCAGCUGCACUUGGCAGAGCUGAUCAAUGAGAUCUUUGUUCUGAUUAUUCGCGAUGCCGAGCGUCGCAUGAACAAGGUCCUCGAUGCAGCGAUGCUUGACCACGAGACCAUUCCGGGCAUGGAAGAUAUCGCUUUUCAAAACGAAUGGAAGCUGUUCCGCAAGAAGAAGUCGGAAGCUCCAGAGCCUGCCGAGAAACGGUUCCGCCCACCCUCACCUCGCCGACGAGCGCAGAUCUCUCCCCGCAACAUCACCUCGCUUCUCUCAUCUACGCUGUUUGUGCUAGACCUCUACGAUGUACAUUCGGUCAUCACGACACAAAUUAUCUCCCAACUUCUCUACUGGCUCGGUGCGGAGAUCUUCAACCGCAUCAUGAGCACACGACGAUAUCUUGCACGCACCAAGGCGAUGCAGAUACGGAUGAACGUGUCUGUUCUGGAGGAUUGGGCUCGAACCAACAACCGCCAACCUGAACACUACGAAAACGGAUCGUUAACGACCACCGGUGAGACCACCGUGGACGCUGCUCGCCGGCAUCUGGCCCCGGUCAUUCAACUCCUCCAGUGGCUGCAGUGUUUCUCUUCUCUCGGCGAGGACCACGAAUCUCUCGUGACCACGCUAUUGCAGCUCCAGCAACUCACCCCAACCCAGCUGGUGCAUGCCGUCAAAUCCUAUCGGGCCGAAGUCGGUGAAAAGGGACUCACCAAGCAAGCGAUGCGCUUCCUGCUCGAUGUCCAACGCGAUCCGGAACUGAUGUACCGCGAACAAUUCCGGAUCCAAGAGGAAAAAGCCCGCGCAGACGCCGGCCCCAUCGCCCCUACCACCAUCGACAACCGACCAAAGACGCCGACCCAAGACAACCCCCAGGGAGACCCCCCAGCGAAUCCCACCAGUCCCGAGCACGGGCAGGGGCAGGGGCAUACCUCUCCCGGCUCCGUCGCCGGAACCUCCAGACCGGGGAGUAUAUCGGGUCCGUCGCGAAAUGACGAACGGCCUGGCAGGGACAACGUCUUCCUUGAUACCACCUUCUUCUUACCCUUUUCCCUGCCGACCAGUACAGACAUGCUCAUCAGCUAUGGAGCCGGCUUGGGCGGGACGAAUCGCGAGCGUGCGCGCAAGUAUAUUCCGACGGUGCCUCCGGAAGUGCUGAGUCGGUUGGAUCGUGGCGCGGAAGCUUAG